GUGGGGUGCGGGCUGCCCGGGGCGGAGCUCUGCGGGAGCUGGGGUAGCGGGGGAACGCUGUGCUAAGAUGGGACGGGGCCGCCGCGGGGCCGAGCCUGCUCCGGCUGAGGAGCCGGGACACACAUCGCGGGAUGCCACACAAAACCGAGGAGUCCCUUUCCGUGUUACCGUCACCUCCUCUGGAAGAAGACCCGCUCCUAGGGCGUUCUAGGAAAGCGAACCGGGCCGUGCUGGGAUUCGGAGCGGUGCGUGGGAGUGUAGGUGUGUGGUAGCUGUUAGAGCUCCGUGUCCUGCUGAACAGCCUCCGCUCAAAGGCCGGCAAAGGACCUGCCCCGUGCAGCAAGUGCCCUCGCUCCUCUCUCGCCCUCACCACCUCUGUGCGUGGGCUGUCUCGGCUGAACCUGACAGAUAACACUGCUGUAAAGAAAAGAGCCAACCGGAGGCUCAAAUACAAGUCUGGAGUCUGAAAACCUGGCCUGAGCUUCUGUGCCAUUAAGUCGAACGUACAGAGGAAUCAGAGUUUCUUUGCAGUUAUUUGGUAAACAAUGAAGGUUCUGUUGCUGAAGGAUCCCAAAGACAAAGAUUCAGGACCAGAUCCCUACCUUAAAGAAUUAGGGUUGUAUGGGUUCGAAGCCACUUUGAUUCCAGUUUUGUCAUUUGAAUUCAUCUCUCUAGAGAGCUUAUUUGAAAAGCUCUCUCAUCCAGAUUGUUAUGGAGGCCUGGUUUUUACCAGUCCAAGAGCACUGGAGGCCAUCAAGAUAUGUUUAAAAGAGAAGAGUAAAAAUGAAGCCUGGUCAAAAUCUCUUAAAGAAAGAUGGAAUACUAAACCAGUGUACGUGGUAGGAAAAGCUACAGCUUCUCUAGUGGAAGAAAUUGGCCUUAGUCCACAGGGAGAAAAAUCUGGAAAUGCUGAAAAACUAGCUGAAUAUAUUUGCUCAAGAGAGAAACCCAAUUCCUCAGCUCUUCUUUUUCCUUGUGGAGCCCUGAAAAGAGAAGUACUACCUACAGUACUUAGAGAAAAAGGUGUACCUCUGGAAAGCCUCACUGUUUAUCAAACAGCCCAACAUGCAGACCUGCAAGAAUCUCUGAGCACUUACUUCUCACAGCAGGGAAUCCCAGCAAGUGUGGUGUUCUUCAGCCCAUCUGGUGUCAGAUUUUGCCUCCAGCACAUUCAGAAGCUUUCAGGGGAUUUUAACAAUCAUAUCAAGUUUGCUGCCAUUGGGCCGACGACGGCGGAGGCGCUGGAAGCGGCGGGGCUGCGGGUGAGCUGCACGGCCGCUAGUCCCACCCCCGGCGGGCUGGCCGCUGGCAUCCGCGCUGCGCUGCGCUCCCGGGACGGCGGCGGCCCUGCGCCCGAGCACGGCGCGGCUGCGGAGCUGUAGGAGGCGUUUCCAGCCGCAGCACUCCUGUCCAGCAAGAAAGCACGUGUCAGGAACAUGCACCACUGGCCUGGUCGGGGGCUGGUGAGGGAAACUUACCUCUGAAUAGCUAAGCAGCCUGGAAUGUGUCCAACAUCUACCUACUCAGCUUCUGUCCCAGCUGCAGUGUACAUGUUUUACGUGGGUGUUCCUUGAAAGCCAGUUGUGAGGCUCCUCUGCAUCAGAGCAGUAUUGGAGUCACCUCAGGUACCUCCUGGCACACGGGUCUGGCCUUCAUUUCUCAGUGCAGGCAUGUGUAUGUGCACAGCUGCUUUUGCAUAAGAACAUGCUUCCACUGCAGGGUAAAGCUUGCUUGGUCCUUGUUCUGCUUUUCAAGCAUCUCUAUGAAAGUGAUGACUGUAGCUUCUCAGUGUGACAGGACAAUUCCUGCAGUGAGGGUGCACUGUGGGGAGCUCAGGCAGCACUGAGCCUAACAGCACCAAGCCUUAAAAAACAAGGCUUUGGUUUCUAUUCCUGUAAUGAAGGAAGAUUUCUUAGAGAAAUAAACUGGCUUAGCAGAAUCA